AAUCUGCUGUUGUUUUGAAGUAUCCAGCACUGUGUACUCAUAUCAGCUUCAAUUUGACAGCUGUAUUGAAGGCUCUUGCUGGAUAUGCAUUAUAACAGGCACCGUUCACUUAAAAGAACAGGUGCAAAUCGUAGCUGUUUUGCAAAUACCAAAGUAUGUUAAAAAGUAAAAUCUUAAUUUUGUACAUUACCCUUCUGAAUGUUGCAAACAAUGAAUAGUGAGUGAAUGUAGAAUGUAAUGUAGUCUGAAGGAGUGUCCCAACCCGAAAUAUCACCUGUCCACGUUCUCCAUACAUGCUGCUUGACACGCUGAGUAGUGGAAUGUCGUUUGCCUUGUUUCGCAGUCUUAGUAUUCUACCUCGAAUUAACACCAGAUGCAACUGCUUAUAGUUUAAGUUUAGGCAUCCACUAAUCAUACUGAAAGUGUCAGUUAUAACAAGCAGACCCAGUGACACUGAAGAGCAUCAGCGCUGAAUGCCUUUAAUCAAUGGAUGGUGACAAUACCACCACAGAUGCUUCCCAGUUAGGAAUCGCAAGCGAUUACAUUGGUGGAAGUCAUUACGUGUUACAUUCUCACGAAGGGGACACGGACGAGGGGCUCGGUGAUCACGAUGACACAAAUGGUUCCAAGGAGUCGUACCGGGAGCAGGAUAUCUAUCUUCCCAUCGCCAACGUUGCCCGGAUAAUGAAAUCAGCGGUUCCUCAAACGGGCAAGGUAAUCGCUAAAGAUGCAAAGGAAUGUGUCCAGGAGUGUGUGAGUGAGUUUAUCAGCUUCAUCACGUCCGAGGCCAGCGAGCGAUGUCACCAAGAAAAACGCAAAACCAUCAAUGGAGAAGAUAUCCUCUUCGCCAUGUCCACACUAGGCUUCGACAGCUAUGUGGAGCCACUAAAACUCUACCUGCAGAAGUUCAGAGAGGCAAUGAAGGGAGAGAAAGGAUUAAACACGUCAACAGGCGGAGGCACAGACGGCCUGGGAGAGGAGCUCACAGAUGAAACCUUUUCUAACCAGUUGACAACAGGAUUGAUCACUACAGAUGGCCAACCACAGAAUGUCAUGGUUUAUACAACAUCUUACCAACAGAUUUCGGGUGUACAGCCCAUUCAGUUCUCCUGAUGGAAGCUACUUAGACUUGGAAACAUGUUAAGCCCUACAGUAACAGAAAAGGAAUCAGAAAGAAGAGAGCAGUCAAAUGGUCAACUGGCCGAGGAGAAUGUUCUUUACCUGCUCUUGAAUUAUAUUCUUCUGGAUAGUUGUAGAUGCUUUAACAGGUUCCUGGGGUGUGAGUGGCAAAUCCCGUGUCCAACCCCCACCUGAAAGAUCAUUUCUUAUUUACCAGUUUUAAAACAAAAACUGAAUCUUUAUAAUGUAUCACAGUUACAAAGUACUUUUGUUUUGUACAAGAGUUGGGUUUUGUGUGAACACAUGCAGGAAGCUGUCAUUGGCUGCUGUGUGUCCAAUUUAUUACUGUCAGAACUUACUGGGCAGUGUCUUAUUUUCAUAUUGAAUCAUGUUGCUCCUUUUGUAAUUCAAAUAAGUAAUUUCACUAGAUGUACCCUUUUAAUAAAACAGGUGUAAAAUAAAUUGUUUUUGAGAGUACAAAA